AUGAUCUCUCUUGGCCAUCAUUGGCUCUUCUUUUCCGUGUACCUGUUGGUCUUCCUCGUGGGAAUGCCCCUCAACGUGAUGGCCCUGGUGGUCUUCGUGGGCAAGCUGCGCCGCCGCCCGGUGGCCGUGGACUUACUUUUGCUAAACCUGACCCUGUCGGACCUGCUCCUGCUGCUGUUCCUGCCGUUUCGCAUGGUGGAGGCAGCCAGUGGCAUGAGAUGGCUCCUGCCCUUCAUCUUAUGCCCCCUCUCUGGGUUUCUUUUCUUCACUACCAUCUACCUCACCUCCCUCUUCCUGAUGGCUGUGAGCAUCGAACGUUUUCUGAGCGUGGCCUACCCACUGUGGUACAAGACUCGGCCACGACUGGCCCAGGCUGGUCUGGUCAGUGGCAUCUGCUGGUUCCUGGCGUCUGCUCACUGUAGUGUGGUUUAUGUCAUUCAAUACUGGGGAAACACCACCCACAGCCAGGGGAUCAAUGGAACCUGCUACCUGAAAUUCCGGGAGGACCAGCUGGCCGUGCUCCUGCCUGUACGACUAGAGAUGGCUGUGGUCCUUUUCAUGGUGCCCCUUUGCAUCACCGGUUACUGCUACAGCCGGCUUGUGUGGAUUCUCAGCCGGGGAGCCAGCCGGCGCCGGCGCAAGAGGGUGAUGGGGCUUCUGGCAGCCACACUGCUCAUCUUCUUCGUCUGCUUCGGCCCCUACAAUAUGUCCCACGUGGUGGGCUAUGUCCGGGGUGAGAGUCCAACCUGGCGGAGCUACGUGCUCCUCCUCAGCACGCUCAACUCUUGCAUCGACCCCCUUGUCUUCUACUUCUCAUCCUCCAAGUUCCAAGCCGACUUUCAGCAGCUCCUGGGGAGGCUGACCAGAGGUUGUGUGCCGUGGACUCAGGAAGUCAGCUUGGAACUGAAGGUAAAGGACGGAGAAGAGCCGUCCAAGGAGUGUCCAAGCUAG